AUGGCGUCGGCAUUUCCAAAAUUACCAGGUUUUGUGCCAACAUAAGAAUUGGAUAAACCCAACUUUAGAAAGGUGUCUUCUGUGAAAUAGGAACAAAACCGAGAAAUAAAGCAACUGCCAAAUAAAGAAUACCCUGUCCCCAGAAAAUAGCCUGUUUAAAUUCCUCCUUAAUCAGGAAUGUUUAAUCCAGAUUACUUAAGCACAACACAUGCAAUGCAUAUGCCAAAGAAUGUGGCAAAUGAUUCCGAAGAGCUCUAUUAACCAAGUUGGGUUAAGAUGGACAGACACGUUCUGAGAUUCAGCGGUUAUUUUAAGGAGGCAGUCGUGGAAUCAGCCUUAGAGAAUUACAGGAUUCGCAAAUUAACAAUCUUUUACUAUUUAGAAGAUCACUCCUUGAGUAUCACAGAGCCAAAAUAAGAAAACAGUGGAGUUCCUCAGGGAGCUUUCUUGAAAAGACAAAAAGUGUUAAGGGCUGAUGGUUCGAAGACAUUUAUUACACCAGAAGAUUUUAGAAUCAACCAAGAUAUUGAAAUAUUUGGUAAAACGAUCAGACUCUUCGAUUGCGAUCAAUACACUAGAGAAUUUUACGAGGGAAUUGGUCAAUAAUAAGCACCAUCAUUUAAUCCAGGAUGUGAUUCCUUUGAGACUAAAACAAUGACUAAGUAUGUACCUCAGAAAGACACAGUCAUGAAGGAUUAUCUUGAACAUAAAUUGGGUGGUGGCAAAGUAACAUCAUAAAAGCAAUUUUUAGAAAAUGACCGAAAAGUGCUUAAAUUCUAUGUCUUCUCAGAUAUAGAUUAUGUUUUGCAUUAUUAUUUGGCUGAUGAUACCAUCGAAAUUAAAGAAAUCAAUUCAGCCAAUUCUGGUAGAGUUCCAUUCCCAAUGAUGUUGAGAAGACAAAAAUUGCCUCGCAAAUUCUCACUCAAUCAACCGGGAUAAACUUAUGCAGAAGACUUUAUCAGACCACAGGAUAUUCAAUUUGGAUAACCAUUAAUAAUUUACAACAGAAAGUUUUUCAUUAAGGGAUGUGAUCCAUUUACAAGAUAUUACUAUCAAGAAAAGUUUAAUGUUGAUUUUCCAUUGGGUGGCCAGGAAGAAUAUCAAUAAGAGCAGAAAUCAAAUAUCAUCAUACCACCACACAAUGGCAUAGGAGAUGAAUAGGAUUCAUUGGGAUACAUUUAUAGACUUUAACCAAAACCUCCAAAAAAGGAUUUCUUCAAAUGGGUUGACAAUCAAGUGAAUUUAAGAUUUCUGGCUAUGUUCAAUACAACCAAACCAGAGGAUAAAGACAGAGUAUUUGUUAUAACAUACUUCUUGAAUGAUGAUAGUCUUUUGGUUUAUGAGCCAACUGUAAGAAACUCAGGAAUCCCAGAUGGUAAGUUUUUAGAGAAAAGAAAAUACAAAAAUGUUCACAAUAAUAAUGAAUACUUUAUUCCUCGAGAUUUAAUUGUAGGAAACGAAGUUGUUAUCAAUGGUUGGAGAUUUCAGUUGCUUGAUUGCGAUGAAUUCACUAAAAAGUGGUACGCUGAAAAUUUUAAAUGAAAUUAUCUAUUUUGCAUAAAACAUCAUAUAUCCUAGAUUUAGAUAUA